GUGGUGACGACGUACUGCCCUGCCACGAACGAGCCCAUAGCCAGCGUCCGGCAGGCUAGUUUGGAGGAUUAUGAAGAAACAGUAAAGAAGGCUAAAGAGGCAUGGAAGGUCUGGGCUGAUAUCCCUGCACCUAAGCGUGGAGAAAUAGUGCGACAGAUUGGUGAUGCCCUGAGACAAAAAAUCAAGGUUCUAGGAAGCUUGGUCUCUUUGGAAAUGGGAAAGAUUUUUGUUGAGGGUGUUGGGGAAGUGCAGGAGUAUGUUGAUGUCUGCGACUAUGCUGUUGGUUUGUCCCGAAUGAUUGGUGGACCUAUUUUGCCUUCAGAAAGACCUGGCCAUGCCCUUAUAGAGCAGUGGAAUCCUGUUGGGUUAGUAGGAAUCAUCACAGCCUUUAACUUCCCCGUAGCAGUUUAUGGGUGGAACAGCGCAAUUGCAAUGAUCUGUGGAAAUGCUUGCCUCUGGAAGGGUGCUCCUACAACAUCCCUCACUAGCGUUGCUGUUACAAAGAUAAUUGCCAAAGUCUUGGAGGAUAACAAAGUGCCUGGAGCAAUCUGUUCUCUGGUUUGUGGUGGAGCAGACAUUGGGACAGCAAUGGCAAGAGAUGAGAGAAUGGACCUGUUGUCCUUCACUGGCAGCACAAAAGUGGGCAAGCAAGUAGCGCUUAUGGUUCAGGAGAGAUUUGGUCGGAGUUUGCUGGAACUGGGAGGAAACAAUGCCAUUAUUGUGUUUGAAGAUGCAGAUCUGAACCUAGUCAUCCCGUCUGCUCUAUUUGCUGCUGUGGGAACAGCGGGUCAGAGGUGCACAACUGCUAGAAGGCUGUUCCUCCAUGAAAGCAUCCAUGAUGAGGUGGUGGCAAAGCUUGCUCAGGCAUAUGCCCAGGUCCGCAUUGGUGAUCCGUGGGAUCCUGACACUCUGUAUGGGCCUCUUCAUACCAAAGAAGCAGUGAAAAUGUUCCUUGAUGCAGUAGGACAAGCAAAACAACAGGGUGGCUCUGUGGUCUAUGGUGGAAAGGUCAUAAAUCGCCCUGGAAACUAUGUUGAACCAACCAUUGUGACUGGCCUUCCUCAUAAUGCACCCAUUGUCCACACUGAGACAUUUGCUCCCAUACUGUAUGUGCUGAAAUUUAAGGAGGAAGAGGAGGUUUUUGCCUGGAAUAAUGAAGUAAACCAAGGUCUUUCCAGCAGUAUCUUUACUAAGGAUUUGGGAAGGAUUUUCCGCUGGCUUGGGCCAAAGGGAUCUGACUGUGGCAUUGUGAAUGUCAACAUCCCAACCAGUGGGGCUGAGAUUGGAGGUGCUUUUGGUGGUGAAAAGCACACUGGUGGAGGGAGAGAAUCUGGAAGUGAUUCAUGGAAACUUUAUAUGAGACGGUCUACUUGUACAAUCAACUACAGCAAGGAUUUACCUUUGGCUCAAGGAAUCAAGUUUCAGUAACAGCCUUAUGAACAGCCAUGUCAUGAAUUCUAGCAUUUCAGAACCAAGCACCUUCCAAGCCUCAUGGUGAAGAAAAUUAAUUAUGUAAAACUUAUCUGCAGCAAAGAUACCAAUUCUGUCAAAAAAUCAGCUACUCUAAAAUUGCUUCACUUUCAAUGUAUGAAAUUACUACUUUAGUCUUCAAAUGAGAAAUAUGUGGUCUUUGGGAAGGAGGCAGGGUGACUGAAACUAAGAAAUUUGGAUUCAGGUGGCCUGGAUAAUCUGGUGCCUUAUCACUAUGUUUCAGUAUCAACACUGCCUGUAUCCCCUGCCUCCCCACCACUUGCUGAUAUUUCCAGCUAGUAUAUCUAGGCUUCAAACUAUGUGCUGAGUUUCCUACAGAUAACUGGUGCUGUGGGGGGUGGCCAGUACAGGGCUAUUUUUCAAUGCAUAAAUAAAGGUACAUUUUAUGAGAUACCUUGGGCUUCUAGGGUUUUUUGUUUGUUGUUUUGGAGCAGGAACAUUCAGCUGACUGUCUGUUUUCACAGACUGAGCUGCUAGCUGGGAGAAGUAUCACUGGGCUGAAAAGACUGCUUUAGUUUUCCUGCCUCUCCUUCAGGAAGGAGACUUUCACCCUGUGUGUUGGGAGAUAAGAGCUCUUCCGCAGAAGAGAAGGUGUGAGGAGUUGUAUUUUUCUACAAUAAGCUAUUCUGCUGCUGUACUCGCCCAAGAAAUGAGAAAAGCUGUCUGCCCUUUCUCAGAGCCUGAGCUGCCCUGCUGUGAAUGCCUGCACCCACCAGGGCAGCGGGCAGGGCUGGGGAGCAAGCACGCAGGCUUGGCCUCCACUCCUGUCCUCCCAGUUUCCCAUCAGCAGAGCCCGUUGCUGGGGCCAGAGGUACCAAAUAAAGGCCUGAUGCUAUAUGAAGCACAAACACGAUGGCCUGACUGCAGCGUUGCUGAGGGUAAGAGGCAAUGUGUGCUCACAGCAGUGCAUGAGCAUCUCAGACUGAGAGGUCUGCUCCUGUUUACAAGAUUUCCAGAGAAAUUAUUGUUUUAUAGUUACCUGGUACAGUGACUGCAAGGUAAAAGCACAGAGAUUUCAAUAUGAAGACAGCUUGCUUCACACAGUUGUGGCCAGAGCACUACAAAGCAGGAUUUUGGCUUGUGCAUUGAAUUAGAAGCUGAACAGAAUCUUGGUUAAACUGCUGCCUCAUCUUGCUGGUUCCUACACAGGACCUGUACUGCCUUCUGGGACACUGCUGGUUCCUCCGUGACCCUCCAAACUGCCUGGUAGUGAAUCAGCUGCUGUCCCGCAGCCUUUGGCUGCCUGAUUCAGAGCCAGACCAGGGAAUCUCAUAAAAUCUAGUUGUAACUGUUUUCUUCUAUGACUAGGAGUAUGUAUGUGUGGUAUGAUGGUCCUAUCCAAGCUUGCUCUUAAAUAUAGAUAAGUAAGUGCUGCCAAAAGGGAAUUAAACAUCCAAAGCAGCAUUUUCCACACCUACCCACAGCAGAUAAAUGUGUUUUUACCCUGGACAGUCAUGAUUUUUCCAGUUUCUCCUUCCUCUGCCAAACUGGUUACUCAGAUGCUCUGUUUAGCAGAGCUGAUAUAGCAGAGGCAAUGCAACAUACCUUUGCACUCUGGACUUGGCACAAAAUAACCCCAGCUGAUUUUCCUGGAAGCAAAUUAGGGAUACUGAUGGCACAGCAC